AUGACAAAUGAAGUUUAUGAAUUAAUUCCAACUAAACGAAUCAAAAAACCUUCUUAUUCUUUAUAUUGUGGAAUUUCAGUUAAAACAGAUGGUACAGAAAAUGAUGAGAUUGUCGAUUAUGAUAAUCUUCUUAUAAAAAAUAAUGAAAAUUUUAAUGAAAAUGAUGGAGAUAAUGAAUUAUUUGAAGAAGGAGAGAAUG